AUGAUUGGAUACGGUUUUGGUCACUUUUACAAUGAUCUUUGCGCCAGCAUGUGGUUUACCUACCUGAUGAUCUUUCUGGAGAAUGUUCUUGGUUUUAGAAGUUCCAUUUCUGGUCUACUGAUGCUUAUCGGACAACACGAAGCUGAAAACAAUAGAAAGCUCCUAGAAAAUGUUAGAUUUUUCUUCUUUUAUGUUGUGGAUGCCGUCUGUAAUCCGUUGGUAGGUAUUGCCAGCGACAGUUCUCUAUUACCGGCCUGGUUUGAAAAUCGAAUUGGUAAACGAAUGUCAUGGCAUGUCAUUGGAACCAUAAGCGUUACGGUAUCGUUUCCGUUUAUCUUCAACAAAUGUCCGGUUUGUAGCGAUACUGGAUCAGAAUGGUGGCCCUUUGCAUGGUUUGUAUUCUUUAUUUCGAUUUUUCAAUUUGGAUGGUCUGCAGUACAAAUAGCUCAUCUUGCUCUGAUUCCAGAAUUGUCACAAAGCCCGAGUGCCAGAGCUACCAUGAGUUCGCUA